CUUCAAUUUCUUCCACAGACUACCAGCUGGGGCCUUUGUAUAACAACAUGCACUUCUAAAAUUCAAAAUAUCACAAAAUAAUCCUAAACCAGCUAAACAGUUUGUUCACAUUCAUGGCUUUUGCCAUAAUCUUUCUCAUUUUCCUCACAUUUUCCACAAUAGAAGCUCAACAAAGAUCCACAAACAUAAGCCUGAGCUCUUCUCUAACAACUACCGGUACCAACUCCUCGUGGCUCUCACCAUCCGGUCUCUACGCCUUCGGUUUCUACCGGCAAGGCAGCGGCUAUGCUGUCGGGGUUUUUGCUGCCGGCGUUCCAGAAAAAACGGUGGUCUGGACUGCCAAGCGAGACGAUCCACCAGUCCCAAGAAAUGCCACCCUGGCCUUUCGUGGUGGAAGGCUCGUUCUCAACAUUCCACCAGACCAAAACACAUACAUAGCUGAUGUUGAGUCGAUUUCCGCUGCAUCCAUGCUGGACUCGGGCAAUUUCGUGCUUUACAACGCUGUUCGAGCGAUAAUCUGGCAGAGCUUUGAUAACCCAACGGACACCAUCCUCCCCGGCCAACGUCUCAUGAAUGGGAAUGAGUUUAUUUCCAGUGUCUCAGAAAGCAACCACUCAACUGGGCUUUUCUAUCUCGCGAUGCAAGGUGAUGGGAACCUCGUCUCGUACCCGUUAGAAAAUAACGGCGGGGUCCAGUAUGCUUAUUGGGCAUCUGGGACGGCCGGAUCCGGCAAUAACAUCACACUCAAUCUUGAUGACAAAGGCCUUCUCUAUCUGUUGAACGAAACAGGUGCCAACACCAAAAAGAAUUUGAGCACAGCAGAAUCCUCGAAUGAUGGAAAAAUCUAUCGCAUGACAUUCGAUGCGGAUGGAAUCUUUCGAGUCUAUUCGCUCACAAUGGAUCCGAAAGGCAACUGGUCGGUUAUGUGGUCUUCGACGGCCGAUAAGUGCGACCCCAAAGGCCUGUGCGGCUUCAACGGGUAUUGUGUUCAAAACGAUACCGAGGCCGAUUGUAGAUGCCUCCCGGGAUUCAAUUUUGUAAAUCCCGGGAUUUGGAGUCACGGGUGCGAGAGGAAUUUCGCAGCAGUGAGCUGCGACAACACCAAUGGCAGUGGUGCCGGGUUCGCAAUGGAAGAAAUGGAAAACAUGAUAUGGGAAGACCUAAAUUAUAAGGAGACCAAAGUAACCACCAAAGAAGAUUGUAAACAAUCUUGUUUUGAGGAUUGUAAUUGCGAAGUCGCGUUAUACAGCGAUGACAACAAAUGCAAAAAACUAAGGCUUCCUUUGAGAUACGGAAGAAGAUCGCUAAGUACUUCGCAAGUUGCCUUCAUCAAGGUUGCAAAAGAACUUCUGCCUUUGCCUCCAACAAGGUUGCAAAAGAAAGAGCUGCGAUUAGAAACUGUCCUAAUCAUUGGAGCUUCACUUGUUACUUUUGCAAUCAUGGUGCUAACAAUUUCGGGAUUUCUUAUUUAUAGAAAUAGAGUUUGGGUAUAUAAAAGGAUUUCGGAGAAAGGGUAUAUUGAAUUCGCCGGGGAUAUAGUUCUGCGAACCUUUACGUUUGCAGAAUUACAGCAAUUGACAAACGGCUUCCGAGAGGAGUUGGGAAGAGGAGCAUCCGGGACCGUUUACAAGGGCGAAAUACCGUACACCCAAAAGGUUGUAGCUGUGAAGAAGCUUGAGAAGGCUUUGGCAGAGGGGGAAAGAGAAUUCCAGAGGGAGAUUAAAGUAAUCGGGCGAACCCAUCAUCGAAACCUAGUCCAACUCAUUGGUUAUUGCCUCGAUGGACCGAACAGGCUUUUGGUAUACGAAUACAUGUGCAACGGAUCACUUGCGGAUUUUCUCUUCACGCACGAAAGGCCCCAGCCGAAUUGGGAAGAAAAAGUCGAAAUUGCUCGCAACAUUGCACGAGGCAUUCAUUACCUACACGAUGAGUGCGAGACCCAAAUCAUCCAUUGCGAUAUAAAGCCCCAAAACAUACUCAUGGAUGAGCACUGGUGCGCCAAGAUUAGCGACUUUGGAUUGGCAAAGCUUUCAAAGGCGCCGGACCAAACCAAAACGUUCACGGGGAUCAGGGGAACAAGGGGUUACGUGGCUCCCGAGUGGCAUCGGAGGCUGCCGAUUACCGUGAAAGCAGAUGUUUACAGCUUUGGGGUUGUGUUGUUGGAGAUCAUAUGCGGCCGAAAGUGUCUAGACUGGAGCCGUAGCGAAGAUGAAGCUGUGCUUGAAAACUGGGUAUACGAUUGUUAUGAGACCGGAGAAUUGGGGAAAUUGGUGGGGGAGGAAGAAGAGGUGGACAUGAAGAAAUUGGAGAGGAUGGUGAAAGUGGGACUUUGGUGCAUUCAAGAUGAGCCAUCUCUUCGUCCUUCGAUGAAGAAAGUUUUGUUGAUGAUCGAAGGAACUGUUGACGUCCCAACGCCUCCUAGUCCUACUUCAUUCUUAAGUGCCAUCUGAUUGUAAAGUGUUUUUAGUAUUUCUAUUCUUGUUUUGAUUGAAUUUUUAUGUUAUUUGUAUGAGGAUUAACCGAUUAACCUUAUACAUUUGUGUAAUGAUUUAAUUUCUUGUCAUUGACAUGGAGAAAAUGCAGUUUUAAUUGUUGUGUUUCA